AUGACGUAUGUUUUGUUGAUAUAAAAGAAAUGGCGAUUUCACGUGGGAGGUCUUUCUUCCAGAUCCGCAAGUCUAACAAAUUCCUCUUCGUUAGCGACAUCUUCAAUCCUUCCUCCUGCACUCUCGCAUCUAACAUUCAUACCGUCUCGAAAACUUCCAGAAACCUGCUCACGUGAACAAUCUCUCCUCCCUGUUACUCACCUGUUUGCAUGGUCUCCGCUUCUGACGCGGAAUUGUCCGCGUACCGCCCAUACUAUUAAAUCAGGCACGAUAAGACUUGCUGCUCGUUCCGAUAUAAAAAGGUCUGACUGUGCCCAUCCUGUCACUUCGUCUUCUCUGUCCUCUCAAGAUGAACUCGCUCACUUUGUUCGCUGCUCUUUUCCUCGUGUUCUCCGUGUCGGCUGCUCCGGCAGACUUGGCUGCUCCGGCAGACUUGGCUGCUCCGGCAGACUUGGCAGCCGAUGGUUCCCCCUCAGUCCACGCAGUUACUCCUGCUGUCACACCCACGGUGGCUUCAAAUUCGACGUUCACCGCUGCUCGACUUCCUCCGAACGCCACUGUUACUCCUGCUGUCACACCCACGGUGGCUUCAAAUUCGACGUUCACCGCUGCUCGACUUCCUCCGAACGCCACUGUUACUCCUGCUGUCACACCCACGGUGGCUUCAAAUUCGACGUUCACCGCUGCUCCACUUCCUCCGAACGCCACUGUUACUCCUGCUGUCACACCCACGGUGGCUUCAAAUUCGACGUUCACCGCUGCUCCACUUCCCCCGAACGCCACUGUUACUCCUGCUGUCACACCCACGGUGGCUUCAAAUUCGACGUUCACCGCUGCUCGACUUCCUCCGAACGCCACUGUUACUCCUGCUGUCACACCCACGGUGGCUUCAAAUUCGACGUUCACCGCUGCUCGACUUCCUCCGAACGCCACUGUUACUCCUGCUGUCACACCCACGGUGGCUUCAAAUUCGACGUUCACCGCUGCUCGACUUCCUCCGAACGCCACUGUUACUCCUGCUGUCACACCCACGGUGGCUUCAAAUUCGACGUUCACCGCUGCUCCACUUCCCCCGAACGCCACUGUUACUCCUGCUGUCACACCCACGGUGGCUUCAAAUUCGACGUUCACCGCUGCUCCACUUCCCCGAACGCCACUGUUACUCCUGCUGUCACACCCACGGUGGCUUCAAAUUCGACGCCCACCGCUGCUCCACUUCCCCGAACGCCACUGUUACUCCUGCUGUCACACCCACGGUGGCUUCAAAUUCGACGUUCACCGCUGCUCCACUUCCCCCGAACGCCACUGUUACUCCUGCUGUCACACCCACGGUGGCUUCAAAUUCGACGUUCACCGCUGCUCCACUUCCCCGAACGCCACUGUUACUCCUGCUGUCACACCCACGGUGGCUUCAAAUUCGACGUUCACCGCUGCUCCACUUCCCCGAACGCCACUGUUACUCCUGCUGUCACACCCACGGUGGCUUCAAAUUCGACGUUCACCGCUGCUCCACUUCCCCCGAACGCCACUGUUACUCCUGCUGUCACACCCACGGUGGCUUCAAAUUCGACGUUCACCGCUGCUCCACUUCCCCCGAACGCCACUGUUACUCCUGCUGUCACACCCACGGUGGCUUCAAAUUCGACGUUCACCGCUGCUCCACUUCCCCCGAACGCCACUGUUACUCCUGCUGUCACACCCACGGUGGCUUCAAAUUCGACGUUCACCGCUGCUCCACUUCCUCCGAACGCCACUGUUACUCCUGCUGUCACACCCACGGUGGCUUCAAAUUCGACGUUCACCGCUGCUCCACUUCCUCCGAACGCCACUGUUACUCCUGCUGUCACACCCACGGUGGCUUCAAAUUCGACGUUCACCGCUGCUCCACUUCCCCCGAACGCCACUGUUACUCCUGCUGUCACACCCACGGUGGCUUCAAAUUCGACGUUCACCGCUGCUCCACUUCCCCCGAACGCCACUGUUACUCCUGCUGUCACACCCACGGUGGCUUCAAAUUCGACGCCCACCGCUGCUCCAUUUCCCCCGGUCGCCACUUCCAUCUCAACCGUUCCGGCCAGUAACAACGGAGCCUCCGUCACAACUCCAGCCCCCACCCAGCCAGUGCCAGCGAACAAUGGAACUUCGGUGACGACCGUCGCUCCAAUCAAUCCAAACUUCACGGUCACUCAAGUGUCCUCGACGACAUUCGGUAAGUUCCUUACAACGUUUUUCAUAGCACAACCCAACUCUGAAAUAUUUCAGCAACGACGACACAGUCCGCGCAAGGAGCUUCCCUCUUCUUUUCGUUGGUGCCAAUUGCUCUCUACCUCAAACUCUGA